GAUAUCGAGCAACACGAGUCCCGGCAUCCCGUCGACACUAAACCGGUCAAGUCGCUGGGCGCAGGGUCGGUUCUCGCACUCGGCGCGUUUGGCACUACCCUGACAACGCUGUCGUUGAGUCUGAUGGAAUGGCGUGGAGUCACCACGACCAAUGUCUAUGUAGCCAACUUCUUUAUCGCGGUCUUUGGGCUAGUGGUGACCGCUAAGUGGGAAUUCUCCAUCGGGAACGGGUUCGCAUAUACGGUGUUCAGUGCAUUCGGUCUCUUCUAUGCAGGCUACGGAGCCAUCCUAACCCCAGCCUUCGGGAUCGAAAAAGCAUAUGGGAGUGAUAUUGUCCAAUACAGCAACGCGCUUGGAUUCUUCAUGAUCAUGUGGGCGGCCUCCGUCUUCACUUUUUUCGUUGCGUCCCUUCCUAGCAAUCUCGCCUACAUCGCUGUGUUCUUUUUGGCUGACCUGGGCUUCUUGACUGUAGCAACAAGCCAUUCCGCAGAAGUCGACAGACACAAUACAGCUUCGAUUGUGCUAAAGAGAACAGGAGGAGUACGCUGCUUUGUUGUAGAUUGAUUGGGUGGUAUAUUGUUUUACAUCUGCUGCUCCAAGAGUCGAUUGUUGGUCGCCCUUUGGGGGACACAUCGCGCUACCUUGGCAAGAUAUAGAAGAGUCAGAAGAAGUAUUAGUCUGGAAAAGGAUGUUGAGG